AUGUCUACGACAUCAAGCCCCUGGGGGCAUAUCAUCACUCUUUUCCUCUCCCUUACCCUUUUGAAUACCGUUUCAGCCCUACCUACAAAUAUUACCACUACUCAUCAUACUCCCAUGAUUAGACCUUACCUAUUACCACCUGCGAAGCACCAUCUAAGUCGGAGAACAGAGGACCAACCUGAAAUCUUCCUCCCACGACUAGAAGUCAACUUCCCAGACCCAUGCCUCCUUCAAGACCGAGACGGUCGCUGGGUGUCGUUUGCGACAAGCGGCGGUGGGUUCCAUAUUCAAAUCGCCGUGGCAGAUGAUCCCUUCGGCGAGUGGACUCACCUUCAGCAAGAUGCUCUCCCAGGCGAUGGCUGGACCAGUGGAAGAAACUUCUGGGCCCCUGACGUGCGGAGACUAGGCGACGACUCAUACAUCAUGUACUUCUCAGGAGAGAACCCUGACGGUGGACAUUGUAUCGGCGUUGCACGAUCGCAGAACAGUACAGGUCCAUACAAGAUGGACCCGGAACCCUUCGCCUGUCCGCAAGCUGAGGGCGGAGCAAUCGACCCAUCGGGCUUCAUCGACGAGUCGACAGAUAGACGCUAUGUCCUCUAUAAAGUCGACGGCAACGCCCUCAACAACGGCUCGGGGACUCCCAUCCGGCUGCAGCAGGUUUCGAGCGAGGACGGAUCUACACCGAUCGGCAAGGCAGUGGAUAUCCUGGACCGGAUCGCCUCCGAGGACGGACCCCUAGUUGAGGCUCCGAACCUAGUGCGGACCCAGGAUGGGAAAUACCUGCUCUUCUUCAGCAGUCACAUGUACACGGAUGACGAGUACGACGUCAAAUACGCCGUGGCCGACAACAUCGAGGGUCCGUAUGUCCGGGGUCAGGUCCCGUUCCUCAAGACGCCGGCUCUAGGCCUCAAGGGACCCGGCGGGGGCACGAGCGCGGAGGACGGAGGGUUUAUGGUGUUCCAUGCGUGGUGUGGAGAGGGGAUAAGGUGCAUGUACACCAUUGGAUAUGGGUUGAACAGUGAUCUUUAG